AAAGGAAAAGUUCAAUGAAAUUUUAUAUAUUUUUAAUGUUGCAACAUCUGAAUUCCUCCAUUCACAUAAAUGAAUAGUUCGUUCUGACCAAGCGAUCUGAUUGGACGAGAGUCACUCCACACUGGGACUUUUAACUACGUGUAUCACUCCGCUUCACAGGUGUUUUAUUAACCGUUAACUGACGUCACAUUAACGGUCGUUAUCGAUCUGAGAUUGUAACAAACAAAGAUGAAAAUAUUUCCAGAAAUAACAUUUGAAUCAAAUGAUGUCUGGUUGUCAGAGGAGGGUGAAGGGAAGAAGAAUGGACCCCUCCAGGUGCGCUCAUAUGACGUCAUCAGGUCAGGAAAAUGUUUAUGUGUUGCUAAGCAACAGUCCAGCAUACUCAAGUGGCGGAACUAUUUGUGUUGGUGUAGACCAACAAAUGAUAAAAUAAAUAAAAUUCAUAAUCUGUUGUUGUUUAUUACUGUUGACUAAAAUGGCGCCGGUUGAACUGCGCGUGACGUUGUUUUAAUAGAGAAUGAUCCGUCAUGUGUAAUCAUCUUUAAAUGCUAAAGCUAAUUAGCAGACAGACUUCAGUUUAAUAUAUAAAAGUUUGGAUGGUCUCUGAGUAACAGAGAAACACAAGGUCCGUCUCAGUCUCCUCCGCUUCACUAAACUCAGCAUCUACAUUGUUCUAUUUUUCACUUGAUAUGAUAAUAAACUAUUAUUACUAUAAAGAAUCAUUAUAUAAAUAAAGAGAUGUAUGGGUCUGUAUCCUCCUCCCUCGGUGACUCAGCUCCUGAACUUGAUUCUAUUUUUCCCUCGUUUGGUGAAGAAACGAAAGUGAAAGCACGAAGUGAAUCCGGAGCCUCCGCCUCCUCGUCCUCAGUCCGUCUUCGUGUUGGUACCUGACGGCGGGAUGGACGGGUCCGACAGUCCGCGGCCGGUGACCGUGGAGGGGGACUGGAGUCCGGUUCAGCCCAAAACCCUGAAGAACAAGCUGCAGCUUUACUUCCAGAGCAAGAAGAAGUCGAGCGGAGGAGACUGCUGGGUGGAGGUGGAGGACGGAGCCGCGAGAGCCGCCGUGUUCUUCCGAUCAGAGGAAGUGAGACAGCGAGUCCUCGCCAGGGAGAACCAUGAAAUCAACGUGGAGAAUCAAACCAUCAGGUUACGGCUGCUUUCUGCUACAAGCGCGACGAACAGCGACGACGUCUCAGAUACAACCACGGACUCAAAGACUCAGAGGUCGGAGGUCGAACAUGGAGCUGGAGCUGGAGCUGCUGCAGCGAACACACAAGACUCGGAGUCGGUCCAGAGUUCUGCAGUGGUGCUGGAGAACGUGUCGGACAACAUGUGCAGGGAUCUGCUGAUGAUGCUGGUGGAGAACGUCUCAGGGUCGGACGAGAGCGGCUUCAGUCUGGAGAUCAUCUGGGAAUCCAACAGAGCCGUGGUCGCCUUCACCAAGCCUGAAGAUGCAGAGAAGUUCCUCACUGUGAGUCAGACCAGCAGCAAGAUGCAGAAACAGGGACUGACUGCUCGACCGCUGGAGGCAGCAAAGAGCGUCCGAGUGGAGAGACUUCAACCGACUGUGGUCAAAGACUUGUUGGAUCUGUACUUUGAGAAGAAGUGGACUCUACCGGACAAAAUCGUCAUGAUCCAGAAUGAACAGGCUGCCAUUGUCACUUUCAGUGACCCUAAAGUUGUGGAAAACAUUUGCAUAAAAACAGACUACAUGAUAGGCUCCAACCCUGUCAAGAUGUAUCCAUACCACGAGUCCCUGGGCACCGCCUUGUACGGCAAAGAACGACCAACAUGGAAGAUGCCCGAUCCCUUCACUGAGGGUGUUCACCAUACCGUCUGGAAAUUCCUCCUGAUGAAGAAGCAGUUAAAAAGCAUCAACGAUCAGAUGCGUCCGUACUUCUGCAGUGUGGAUUUGGAUAAUCCAGAGGUGAAGCUCAGCCCUCUCCCAAACUUUUUGAGGCAGAAAGAUCUGACUGCAAAACAUGUAGAAAACUGGGCAGGUACCGCCCAAGAGGCCUUCCGUAAGCUGAUGUCUCACUACACUGUCUUUGAAUGUCCAGCGAAUGCACCUGCAUGGAAAGCUGCAGAGAAAGAGGUCCGUUCGGUUGUAGAGGAAGACGCUUACCUGGUGCUGGAUGCACCCAAGGGGGCUUUGAUGGUGGCUGGCCGAGCUGACCAUUUAAAACAAAUCAAAGCUCCUGUGGAAAACCUUGUUCUUAAAGCCAUGAGUCAGAUCGAACGGCAGAGAAAUGGUGUCUCUGAGGUGAUGAGUUUAUCCCCUGCAAUGUUCUACAUCCUGAAGCAGGACGGGCUGCAGAACGCUGCACUCAACAUUUCCGCUGACAUGACCCUCUCCUACGAUGAAGGUGCUCAGAAGUUAACCAUUUCAGGACUCCGUGCAGAGGUUUUCCAGGCUAAAGCAUGGAUCUUGGAGAGGAAUGUGCAUAUGAGUAAAAAACAGCUGAAUAUCCCCCCAGGUCUUCUAGACUUUCUUAAGGUAGUGGAUCCCAUGGACAUGUCACAGGACCUGUUCACAUCUCAAGGGAUCAGCGCCAUCUACAGCAUUGACAACAAAGGGGUUUUACUGUUGGGGAGUUCUGACAGCAUCCUUGCUGAAGCAGAGACUAGGAUGAAGAUGGUUUUGGCUGUGAACACUCUGGAUGUGGAAGACCAGGAAGUCCUGAAACUUCACAACUGGGUGGACCUGAACCAACAACUUCUGGAUGCAUACAACUUCUCAAAGAAGAAAACCGUGGACAUACAGAUCCACACAGUGAGAAGAGACAAAAUAACGGUGGCUGGCUUUAAGACUCCAGUCAAAGAGGUCAGCUCCAGCCUGAAUGAAUUCAUUGUGAACUACUCACGAGUUAAAGAAACCAUUUGUGUUGAGUCCUGUGCUGUGGUUCAGUUCAUUGAGAAGAAGAAAUCACAUGAUUGGUUCAGUAUUGCCAAAGCUAAUGGCGUGACAGUCGAUUUUGACCCGGAGCGACCAAGAUUCAUCAUCGCCGGGGCUCGUCUUCACGUUCAGAAAGCCAAGUCCUGCUUUCAGGAACUGACCAGCACUCUCUUCACUGACAACUUCAUUGUUGACAAGCCUGGAGCUAAGAAGUAUUUCCAGUCAUAUGGAAGCAUGUUCCUGUCGACAAUAAUGACAGAGUUCAGCUGUGUGGUGGUGCUUCGUCCAGAGAAUCAAGAGGACGAUGAGGAGGAAGAGAACUACGAGGAAGAAAGUGGCCUUUGUUACUGCAAAGUGAAGACCACCAGUGGAGUUCUGGUUUCAGUUAGCAAGGCAGAUAUCUGUAGCUUCAACGUUGACGCAGUGGUUAAUGCAGCUAACGAGGAACUACAGCACAUUGGUGGCCUGGCUUUGGCACUGCUCAAGGCUGCAGGACCACAGCUGCAGAAGAUCAGCAACGACUAUAUUUCCAAACAUGGAAAACUACGCCCAGGUGACGCCAUCGUAACAGAUGCAUGUAACCUCCCUUGCAAGUAUGUCGUUCAUGCAGUUGGUCCACGUUUCUCUGACUCUGACAAGAAGACGUCAGUGUCGCGUCUGAAGCUUGCUGUUAAAGAAAGUCUGAAACAAGCAGAGAUGGUAAACUGCUCCACCAUCGCCCUGCCUGCGAUCAGCUCAGGUGUGUUUGGUUUUCCUGUUGACCUCUGUGCUGAGACCAUAGCUCAGGCGGUGCGGGAGUACUGCGACAGUCCUCGAGGUCCGGGAUCGUUGACUCAGAUUCACCUGGUGGAUAACAACAACAACACCGUCGGAGUCUUGGCCAAAGCUAUCAACCGAGAGUUCAUUGACCUGGGACCUACCAUGACAGCACCAGAGCAGGCAGGCGGGAAAGGCGCUUGGGCUUCAGGUGGACAUCAGCGGGGUCGAGGUCGAGGUGGCGGAAGAGGAGGUGGCGGAAGAGGAGGAGGCGGAAGAGGAGGAAGAGGAGGAGGAGGAAGAGGAGGAGGAAGGGGAGCUGAAUUUCAUGGGGGCCAGCAGGGUAACAGGGGAGGUCACAGUCCCAAGGGACACACCAGGCCUGGAGGACAUGGAGGACAUGGAGGGCCGGGCAGGAUGGAGCAGACCACCGCUGAGGGUCUGAAGAUUGUUCUCUGCAAAGGAAACAUUCAGGACCAGACGACCAAUGUCAUCGUCAACACCAUCUCAGAGAACAUGAAUCUGACCCAGGGAGCUGUUUCCAAUGCGAUCCUGGGGGCAGCCGGGUCCAGUCUGCAGUUGGCUGUUCGGUCCGAAGCUGGGGCGGCCACGCUGCAGCAGGGCAACGUCGUCAUCACCGACGGCUUCAAACUCACCUGUCAGAAAAUCUUUCACACUGUUUGCCCUUACUGGGACAACGGAGGAGGGCGGGCAGAGGAGGCGUUGAUAACCAUCGUCAGAUAUUGUCUGGAGGAGGCGGAGAAGCUUAAGAUGGCGUCCCUGUCCUUCCCGGCCAUCGGUACGGGAAACCUGAGCUUCCCCAGAGACGUGGUGUCCAGAGUCCUGCUGAGGGAGAUCCACUCGUUCAGUCGCAGAAGUAGUCCGCGCCAUCUGAGACAGGUGGCCAUCGUCGUCCACCCUAGUGACAACCAGACUGUGGAUUGUUUCACCAGGGAGUUCAAAGGUCAGACUGGUCAGAGAAACGUCCAACACGAAGCACAGAACUUUAACGAGUCACCGGUUCACAAAUCCACCGGCCAGUCACAGCAGUCCUCAGCCUCCUUCGGUAAUGUAUCGUCCCCCUCCCUCGGUGUGUACCGGAUGGAGAUGGGUCAGCUCACCCUCGAGGUGUCAUCAGGAGACAUCACCAGGGAGGCCAGUGAUGUCAUCAUUAACUCCUCCAAUCCGAGCUUUACCCUGAACUCAGGAGUGUCGAAGGCGAUCUUAGACAGCGCUGGGUCAACAGUCCAGCUGGAGUGCUCACAGAUGGUGAGCUCUCCGGGUUACCAGCCUCGUCCAAUGAUCUUGACGUCAGCCGGAAACCUGCCCAGCGGACACAUCAUGCACAUCGUCGGCCAGAACGAUCCUGCAAAGAUCAAGGACAUGGUUUACUCUGUGCUGAAGACCUGCGAGGAAAACAAGUUCAACUCUGUCGCCUUCCCAGCCCUGGGAACAGGUCAGGGAAGGGCCAACCCGUCGGCGGUGGCAGACGCGAUGGUGGAAGCGGUGGUGGAGUUUGUGAGGAAGAAGCACCCGAAGUUUGUUCGCAGCGUGAAGAUCCUGAUCUUCCAGGCGAUCAUGAUGACGGAGUUCCACAAGAGCAUGAAGAGGAGACAGGGAGAGGAGGUGGAGGGGAAGAGCGUCUUCUCCAAGAUCAAAGACACUGUCACUUCCUUUUUUACGGGAUUAAUGGAGGAGCGGCCCAGCACUGACAGCUUGGUCCUGGAGGGGGAGGAGUUUGAGUCCACAGAGUUUCAGCUGUGUGCCGACAACAAAAAGGCUGUGAGCGAGGCUAAGAAGAGGAUAGAGCAGCUGAUUGUGGCCGAGCAGGCGAAGAGAACCAUCACCGACCCGCUCAUUAUUCACCUGUCGCAGGCCGACGUGGAGCAGCUGAGGGCCCUGCAGAGGGAGCUGACGGUUAGCAUCCGUCUGGACAAAGGGCUGGAGGACCAGGAGCCCAGCAUCCACCUGGAGGGCCUGACCAGGGACGUCUUCACCGCUGAGUCAGCAGUCAGUAACAUCAUCCGGAGGGUGGAGAGGACGGAGAACUUGAAGACCAAGGCCUUGAUGCUGAGUGCACUGGUAGAAUGGCAGUUUCAGCUCCCCGGUGGGAUGAUGGUGCCCUUCGACAUCUACACCAACCUCACCCUGGAGGAAGCUCUGGAGAGAAAAGAAAAGGUGAAGAUCAAGAUCAACAAUGAAACGUACUUGGCUAACGUACUGUUUAGAAAAGCAGCUUCGGCGGAUGGGCGAAGAGAGCUGGAGCUGCUCAGAAAAGACUUGAAAGAUGACACCGCUCUGCCUGGACACUGGGACGACAUGAAAGGCGACCUCGUGAAGCUGUUUCCUCUGACGGUGGGAUCUAAGGAAUACAGUGAUGUGGAGACAGAACUUACAAGGACCGGUCUUAUUCCAAACAUUAUCAGUAUUGAACGGGUCCAAAAUACGACACUGUGGCAGAGUUACCAGCUCAUGAAGAAACAACUGGAGGUGAAGAACAAACACACCAACAAUGAAAAGCUGCUGUUUCACGGCACCGGUGCCAAAUCCAUCGAUCUCAUCAACAACCAGGGCUUCAACCGCGGCUACGCAGGAGCACACGGUGCGAUGUAUGGCAAUGGUUCCUACUUUGCAGUGGACCCUGCCUACUCUGCGGGAGGCUACGCCAAGCCAGACAUCAAGCAGCACAAGCGCAUGUACUUUGCCAGGGUCCUGGUUGGAGACUAUACCACUGGAAGAAAUGGCAUGAUCACUCCACCCGCCAGAGGCUCUGGGAAUGCUGCAGAUCUCUAUGACAGUGUUGCUGAUAACACUGCCAACCCAGCCAUAUUUGUUGUCUUCAAUGACAUACAGGCUUACCCAGAAUACCUUAUCACGUUUACAUAAAUUACCAUGAUCACACUGUGCAAAAGUUAUGCUAAAAAAUUUACUGUUUUAUCUGUUCAUUCAGUCUACAAAAUCAGUUUCAUAACUUCUGUAAUAGCUGUAAAAUUGUAAAUCUUUCUAAAGGUGCUAUAUGCAAGUUUUUGCUAUUGCUACAUAAUCAAGGUUACCAUUAACAGCUCUUUACUUACUAGUGUAGAAGAAACAGUUCAGCAUCAAACUUCAUUCUUUUACGCACCAGGAGCUGCCUCCAGUGGUGGAAAGUAACACCAAUGUCAACUCUUAUUUUGCUUUUGUUUCUAUCAGUUCCUUUCUUCUACUGAAGUUAGCAUGCUAAACAGCUAACCCUUGCUCAUCCCAUAUUGUAAUAGCCCGCCAUUUUGCAAGUCAGUCAUAAGAUGACAUGAGAUAAAGACGUAGCGCAGUUAAGAGGGCGUAUUCUAACCUCUUGUCUUAUAAACACAACUAUGGCUGGAGUAAACAGCUGUUAAUGCUAACGUUGGCUAUGCAGUGAUAGCAAAAACUUUCAUGUAGCAAUUAUAAAGGGGGAGUUGUAAUGCGUUGGCUGUUUUUUUUUCUGGAGUCAGAUUUCAGUAACAGCUCCAUCUUUGUGUGAUGUAGAACAAUAUGCUAAUUGAGAUCAAGUGUGUUUUUAUAUGGUGGGGAGGGUUUGCUAGCCACUAGCCACCGAAAUCAAAAUUUAUGUAAUACUGACUGAGUGUUUUGUUUGGUAAACACACAAAUUUCCAGCAUCUAUGGUGGAUGGUUGUUUACAAAUGGUAAAUGGUGUGUUCAUUCUGAAACAUAAUAUCUGGGCUACAGCAUUAGCUUUCUGGUAGUAUCGUUCUGUUGGUCUGCCUCCUUUGUUCACACUCAAAUAUCUCCACAAAUAUUGGUUGGAUUAUUGUGUUCGGACAUUCCUGGUCCCCAGAGGAUGAAUGCUAUUAAGGCUGCUGAUCCUCUGACUUUUCAUCUGUUGCCAUCAUCAGGUCAAAAUUGGAUUCAUCCAACACUUGCACAUUUAUGACCAAAUAUCAUCAAAAACUAAUGAUAUUCCCAUCAGCCUCAGCUGGACAUUGUAUUGCUAAUUAUUAAGUGCUAAUUAGCAAAUUUUACCAUGCUAACACACUAGCAACAAGCAUGGCAAACAUCAUGCUAAACAUCAGCAUGUUGGCUAUAGAUUCAUAGUCUUAUUUUCAAAACAAUUUCCCAUGAUACCUGAUCGAGUGGAGACACUGUAACUACAAGUGCUGUGGCCAUGUUCCUUUAAACUUAAACUGCCUUUAAAUAAAGUUUGAAAUCUGAAUUCUG